AUUUUCAGUAUCGGAAAGGGAGAGAUUUGUUUGUUUGCUAGCAUUGGCAAUGAGUGCGAGGCGAAGGCGCAUCGUCUUGCCGGAGGAAGUGGACGCAGAGGAGAGCAGCAAUCGGAGUUCUUAGGGGCUACUGGUUCUAACGAAUCAAUGUAAUUGGCAAUUGUUUCUUAGCUGCAAGAAUUCGGAAGAAGAUGAGCGGCAGCUUAAACGACGAUAGCUUCCACCAAGAUCUUCAACCCCAAGCCAACCAUGGCUCCGACUACUUAUCCCACCAACUCCAACCUCCGCCGCCGCCUCGUCGUCCUCGUGGUUUCGCUGCCACCGCUGCUGCCGCCGCGACUACCACGGCUUCUGCUACUGGCGGUAAGGCGAAGAGAGAAAGAGAGAAAGAAAAAGAGCGGACGAAACUGCGCGAGCGCCAUCGCCGAGCCAUUACUAGUCGAAUACUGGCAGGACUUCGCCAGUACGGUAACUUCCCCCUCCCUGCUCGUGCUGAUAUGAACGAUGUGCUGGCCGCACUUGCUAGGGAGGCUGGCUGGAUUGUUGAGGCCGAUGGCACAACCUAUAGGCAGUCCGCUCCGCCUUCUCAGUCCCAAGCGGCAGCAUUUCCUGUAAGGUCGGGCGAGAGCCCUAUCUCAUCUGGUUCUUUUAAGGCUUGCUCUAUUAAAGCAGCAUUAGAUUGUCAGCCAUCUGUUCUCAGAAUUGAUGACAGCUUGUCCCCAGCAUCUUUGGAUUCGGUUGUCAUCACAGAAAGAGAUGCAAAGAACGAGAAGUAUGCAGCUUCGAGCCCUCUUAACUCAGCUCACUGCUUGGAAGAUCAGCUUAUCCAAGAUAUUCGCUCUAGGGAGAAUGAGAGUCAGUUCAGAGGCACUCCUUAUGUCCCUGUUUAUGUAAUGCUCGCAACUGGUUUUAUAAACAACUUCAGUCAAUUGGUUGAUCCUGAUGGCCUCAGACAGGAGUUAAGUCAUUUGCAAUCACUAAAUGUAGAUGGCGUUAUUGUGGAUUGUUGGUGGGGUAUUGUAGAAGCUUGGAACCCACAGAAGUAUGUGUGGUCUGGCUAUAGAGACCUUUUUAACAUCAUACGAGAAUUCAAGCUGAAAGUGCAGGUAGUGAUGGCAUUUCAUGCAUUUGGAGGCACUGAAUCAGGUGAUGCAUUAAUCAAGCUCCCGCAAUGGGUUUUGGAGAUAGGGAAGGAGAACCCAGAUAUUUUCUUUACAGAUCGUGAAGGAAGGAGGAAUAAGGAUUGCCUAUCUUGGGGCAUUGACAAAGAGCGAGUUUUAAAAGGAAGAACUGGAAUUGAGGUCUAUUUCGACUUUAUGAGAAGCUUUCAUACCGAGUUCAAUGAUUUGUUUGCUGAGGGUCUCAUCUCUGCUGUUGAAGUAGGACUGGGGGCAUCUGGAGAACUAAAAUAUCCUUCUUUCUCAGAAAGGAUGGGAUGGAGGUAUCCUGGUAUCGGUGAGUUUCAGUGUUAUGAUAAGUAUCUACAACAGAGUCUGCGCAAAGCUGCUGGGUUGCGUGGUCACUCAUUCUGGGCUAGGGGGCCUGAUAAUGCCGGCCAGUACAAUUCUAGACCACAUGAAUCAGGGUUCUUCUGUGAACGAGGUGAUUAUGAUAGCUACUAUGGUCGCUUUUUCCUCCAAUGGUAUGCCCAGACGCUGAUAUAUCAUGUAGAUAACGUGCUGUCUCUUGCAAGCCUUGUCUUUGAGGACACAAAAUUUAUUGUUAAGAUUCCUGCAGUUUAUUGGUGGUAUAAGACUUCUAGUCAUGCAGCAGAGCUAACAGCUGGGUUUUAUAACCCCUCUAACCAAGAUGGUUACUCCCCUAUUUUUGAUAUUUUGAAGAAACAUUCCGUAAUAGUCAAACUUGUCUGUUCUGGCAUGCCGGUUGCUGGUCACGAAGUGGAUGAUGCAUUGUCUGAUCCAGAAAGUUUGAGUUGGCAGAUUUUAAAUUCAGCUUGGGAUCGAGGCUUAACCGUAGCUGGUGAAAAUUCUCUUUCAUGCUAUGACAGAGAUGGAUAUGUGAGAGUUGUUGAUAUGGCAAAGCCGAGGAAUAACCCUGAUCGCCAUCAUUUCUCCUUCUUUGCAUAUCGACAGCCAUCUGCUUUGAUUCAAGGAGCCGUUUGUUUUCCAGAGUUGGACUACUUCAUCAAGUGCAUGCAUGGCGAGAUAGAAGGCGAUUUGAUGCCCUGUUGAAGUGAAAAAUUCCCUCUCAUUCAUGGAUUAAUUGCCGGCCAUCAUUCUAGACAUGAUCAGGUAAAUUGCUGUCUGUCUCAAACCUCGUAAAAAAAGAGCAUAGCGGCUGUAAAUUUAUCCUCUAUGCAUUUGAAGUUGCUUGCUUUUAGUUUAUCUGACAGUGACCAUUAAAUGGUAAAAUUCAGUUGGCUUAAGUAUCAAUGGCUGGUCGAAUCUUCCACCCUAUUUAUAUAUUUGUUCAAAAAGGAAAAAGAAAAAAGAUUCAUUUA